UCUCACUUCUGCUUUCAAGAGCCAAAGGCAACCAACAACUCGAUCACAACAAGUCUUCUUGUCAUUCGCACGCUGUCAGACCGAACAUGAAGACUGUGGCUGGAGUAUUGGUCAUUGCUGUCAGCAGCCUGGGUCUAGGUGCUGAUGCCGCCAAGCAAGCUCCACCAGCCCCCACGGGGAGCAGCUACCCCUCGGGCUUUGACAUGACUCGGAGUUGGGCGAAUCUGAGUCCAUAUCAGGAGGCAGACAGCUUUGGUGUGCCGAAAGGAAUGCCGCACCGCUGUGAGCUGGCUCAAGUCCAUGUGCUGCAUCGCCAUGCCGAACGCUACCCGACCCCGUAUCCCUUGGACGGGCAGGGGAUGGAGGACUUUGCCGCCAAAUGGAGCAAUUAUACCAAGGGACAUCAUUACAAAGCGCCGGCCACGGGUCCAUUGAGCUUUUUGAACGACUGGGAAUACAUUCUGGGAGAGGACACUCUCCUGGAAACCGGCGCAGCGACGGAGGCUACCGCAGGGGCCAGCUUCUGGGCCAACUACGGACGGCUACUGUACCGUGCUGGCCGGGAGAAUGGAGCGGCCUGGAAUGCCUCGUUGAAUGUGUAUCCAAACGGCACGGCACGUCCCAAGCCGGUCUUUCGCACGACCUCACAGCCGCGGAUCCUGGAGAGUGCUCGAUGGUGGCUGAGUGGAUUCUUCGGCAAUACCGGUGCCAACAGUUCUAAUGACCAAUAUGACUUGGUCGUCAUUCCAGAGGUAUCCAAUUUCAACAACACUCUGGCCUCGUACGACUCGUGUCCUGGAGAUAUGACCGAAGGGGAUGAUUCUGCACAAGAAUUCAUUCCCCGCUAUAGUCGGCAGGCCAUCUCCCGUCUCUCCCGACACCUGCCCAAGGACUUUAACCUGACGGCUUUCGAUGUGCUAGCGAUGCAGAAUAUCUGCGUCUACGAGUACACCAGCCUUGGAGGUUCUUCUUUCUGCUCACUCUUCACCGAACAGGAGUGGAGGGAUUUUGCCUAUAAUGUCGACGUGCAGUACUACGGGGACUAUGCGUAUGGCUCUCCCACAGGCCGUGCGCAGGGCAUCGGCUAUGUCCUUGAACUGGCGGCUCGACUGCAGGGCAAAUUGAUCUACUCAAGCGACACGAGCAUCAAUUUUACCUACGACUAUAAUCUGGCACAAUUUCCCCUCGACCAGCCCUUCUACCUCGACAUGUCGCAUGACGAUAUCCUCCUGUCCGUCAUCACCGCGUUGGGACUGCGCUAUUUCAGAUAUGGGCCGCACGGCCUGCCAGGGAAUGUCGACCACGCAGUCAACCGGACUUUUGCCAUGAGCCAGAUGACGCCCUUCGGAGCGCGUCUCAUGUCGGAGGUCUGGACCUGUCCUCGUAAUGCGUCAUUUGACUCCCUUGCCCCGGUGCUAUAUCGUAACCCCCGUGUCGAGCGCAGUGUAGACACGACCAGGUUCAUCCGCUUUGUUCUGAACGGAGCUCCCUUGCCGCUGGACGGGCUGGUAGGCUGUGAACAAUCUCGCCAUGGGUUCUGCCCCGUCGAGGGAUUCCUGAGCGGUGUUCCGACGCUGAAGAAAGAGGCAGAAUAUCAAAAGGCCUGCUUCGGACAUUAUCCGACUGGGAGCCAGGUGGGUAAUGGCGCUCCAGAAUCUUGAGUUUCAUUUAUCCACGACGCCGUGUGACAGGGGUGCUGUAUUGUAUGAUUGUAUCCUGUGCUCAGUGAUCCUUUAUUAUAAUUCUUCUGCUUGUAUGAGCUUAAGAGCCAUUUUCAUAGAGCAAGAGAAUUCCACGUCGUACUGAGGAGUAUAGUCUUGGCGUUUGACAAUGUCUUAGGCCCUUAGCAGUCCUAACUCCUAAGUCUAGGCUCUUCAGGCUCUUCAGGGUCCAGAAUACGCUAAAGCACUCCACUGUUUGGGCCUGAAACAGAGAACCCGCUUUGGCCGAAAUGGGCUGAUAGGCCGAGGCUAAAAAGAGUCAUGCAGGACGGCUUGGUCCCUGAAUCUCAGCG